AAACCGCGAGUUACCCUCAAAAGAAUGAUUGAUUACGAAAGCAGUAGUUAGGAUUUAAAAGUGAUUUUGUAGAGAGAGAAACUGUAAAUUCAGACAAACAGCCAGCCAGAAUACCUCUCUCUUCUGAGCCAGAGAAGGAGAGAGAAAGAAGAGAGAGAGGGGGGAGGGGAGAGAGAGUCACAUGGCAUGUGAGCAACCCCUGUGGCUGUGUGUGUCCGCUCCAUCCACUUGAUAAAUACCCCUUCUUACAUUCCUCACUCCGACUUUUAACUCUCUCUCUCUCUCUCUCUCUCUCUCUCUCUCUAAAGCAGCAGCUAUAGCUUCUGAGCUCUCUUAUGGCAGAACUCAGCACCUAAAACCAUACCCCUUCUUUUACGAUCACCCCAAAACUCAAACUAUGAAACCCCACAAGUCCAUUUCUCACUUCCCCUUCCCCUUCUUCCUCCUCCUCCUCCUUCCUCCGCCACCCACCUCUGCAACUCCGCCACCCACAUCCUCCUCUUCUUACACAGACGCCCAGCAACUCCUCAGCUUCAAAUCCUCCCUUCCAAUCCCGACCCUCCUCCCCAACUGGCUCCCCAACCAAAACCCAUGUUCCUUUUCUGGUAUUUUCUGCAAUGGAACAAGGGUUUCCUCCAUACACCUCUCCUCCGUCUCCCUCGCCACAAAUCUGACCGUUGUUUCCAACUUCCUCAUGGCCCUUGACUCCCUUGAAUCUCUCUCUCUCAAAUCUGUUUCUCUCUCCGGCUCCAUCUCCCUCCACUUCCCUCCCGGAUCCAAGUGCAGCCCUCUCCUCACCUCCUUAGAUCUGGCUCACAACUCCCUCUCCGGCCCUCUUUCCGACGUCCCCAACUUCGCCGCCGCUUGCUCCGCCUUGACCUUCCUCAACCUCUCCUCAAACUCUCUCGAUUUCUCCACCAUACCCUUCUCAUCUGCCUUCCCCCUCCGCACCCUCCAGGUUCUCGAUCUUUCUUACAACAAGAUUACAGGCCCCAACGUCGUCCCUUGGAUCUUAUCCGACGGUUGCGGUAACUUGCAGAGCUUGGUUUUAAAAGGGAACAAAAUCUCCGGCGAGAUGAGCGUUGUCUCCACCUGCAAAAAGCUGGAGCACUUGGACUUGUCCUCCAACAACUUCUCCAUUUCUCUUCCUUCUUUCGGCGAUUGCUCGGCUUUGGACCACCUUGACAUCUCUGGCAACAAGUUUUCUGGCGACGUUGGCCGCGCUAUCUCCUCCUGCAAGCAGCUCACUUUCUUGAACCUCUCUAUGAACCACUUCAACGGUCCGAUUCCAGUCAUGCCCACCAACAGUUUGAAGUUCCUGUCCCUUGGAGGUAAUGGGUUUCAGGGUAUAAUUCCUAUGAGCUUAAUGGAUUCGUGUGCAGAGCUUGUGGAGCUCGAUCUAUCGGCAAAUAGCCUUUCGGGUUCGGUUCCUGAUGCAUUGAGCUCUUGUUCUUUGUUGGAGUCGCUGGACAUAUCCGGCAAUAACUUUUCCAGUGAGUUGCCCGUUGAGAUUUUGAUGAAGCUCGCCAACUUAAAGGCUGUGUCGCUUUCUUUCAACAAUUUCUAUGGUACUCUGCCCGAUUCUCUGUCUAAGCUCGCCACAUUGGAGAGUUUGGAUCUCAGCUCCAACAACUUUUCUGGGUCAAUCCCAGCUGGGCUCUGCGGGGAUCCUGGCAACAUCUGGAAGGAGCUGUACCUUCAGAACAAUCUGUUUACCGGCACGAUUCCUCCGUCUCUGAGUAACUGUUCUCAGCUUGUUUCUCUUGAUUUGAGCUUCAAUUACCUCAAGGGCACCAUCCCUUCGAGCUUGGGGUCAUUGUCCAAGCUUCGCGAUUUGAUCAUUUGGUUGAACCAGCUGAGUGGGGAAAUCCCACAGGAGCUGAUGUACCUUGGGUCACUUGAGAAUCUCAUUCUGGACUUCAACGAGCUUACAGGGUCGAUUCCCAUCGGUCUAAGCAACUGCACCAAUUUGAAUUGGAUUUCAUUGGCAAACAACAAGUUGAGUGGUGAGGUUCCCGGGUGGAUUGGGAAGCUUCCAAAUCUAGCAAUACUCAAGCUCAGUAACAACUCAUUCUUUGGUAGUAUUCCCCCAGAGCUCGGUGACUGUAAGAGCUUGAUAUGGUUGGAUCUCAAUACCAACAUGUUGAAUGGCACAAUCCCUCCUGCGCUUUUCAAGCAAUCCGGAAACAUUGCAGUGAAUUUUGUUGCUUCCAAAACGUAUGUUUAUAUCAAGAAUGAUGGUAGCAAGGAGUGCCAUGGAGCAGGAAAUUUGCUCGAGUUUGCGGGGAUCAGAACUGAGCAGCUGAACAGGAUUUCGACAAGAAAUCCCUGCAACUUCACUAGAGUUUACAGAGGUAUUCUCCAACCAACGUUUAACCAUAACGGUUCUAUGAUUUUCCUUGACCUUUCGCAUAACUCCUUGUCCGGUAGCAUUCCCAAAGAGAUUGGGAGCAUGUACUAUCUCUAUAUUUUGAAUUUGGGCGAUAACAAUAUAUCUGGGUCAAUCCCUCAAGAGCUUGGAAAAAUGACCAGCCUUAACAUUCUUGAUCUCUCUAGCAAUAGCCUCGCGGGGACUAUUCCACCGGCUCUCAGUGGCCUUACCUUGCUAACGGAGAUUGAUCUUUCAAACAACCUUUUGUCUGGAACGAUUCCAGAGUCAGGUCAGUUUGAGACAUUCCCUGCCAACAGAUUCGCGAACAAUUCUGGCCUCUGUGGCUAUCCGUUGGCUUCGUGUGGGGGGGCCUUGGGGCCAAGUGCAAAUACACAUCAAAAGUCCCAUCGACGACAAGCAUCCCUGGCAGGCAGUGUGGCAAUGGGGUUACUCAUCGCACUUUUCUGCAUCUUUGGUUUGCUUAUUGUUGCCAUUGAAACCAAGAAAAGGCGAAAAAAGAAGGAAACAGCCCUUGAUGUUUAUAUUGACAGUCGUAACCAAUCAGGAACUGCCAAUGGCUGGAAGCUAACUGGUGCCCGGGAAGCAUUAAGCAUCAACCUUUCGACAUUUGAGAAGCCCCUUCAAAAGCUCACAUUUGCAGAUCUUCUCAAGGCCACCAAUGGUUUCCACGAUGACAGCCUUAUUGGCUCUGGUGGUUUUGGUGAUGUAUACAAGGCCCAGUUGAGAGAUGGCAGCACUGUAGCCAUAAAGAAACUAAUACAUAUCAGCGGACAGGGUGAUCGUGAAUUCACUGCCGAAAUGGAAACAAUAGGGAAGAUCAAGCACGGGAACCUUGUACCCCUCCUUGGAUACUGCAAAGUAGGAGAAGAACGGCUUUUGGUUUAUGAGUACAUGAAAUAUGGAAGCUUAGAUGAUGUUUUACAUGAACCGAAGAAGGCUGGCAUCAAGUUAAACUGGGCUGCAAGGAGGAAGAUUGCCAUUGGGUCGGCGAGGGGACUGGCCUUUCUUCACCACAAUUGUGUCCCACACAUCAUUCACAGGGAUAUGAAAUCGAGCAACGUUCUGGUAGAUGAAAAUUUGGAAGCCAGAGUCUCCGAUUUUGGAAUGGCAAGGCUUAUGAGUACAAUGGACACCCAUUUGAGUGUGAGCACUCUUGCAGGCACCCCUGGUUAUGUCCCUCCUGAAUACUACCAGAGCUUUAGAUGCUCCACGAAAGGCGAUGUUUAUAGUUAUGGAGUAGUAUUGCUUGAGCUGCUAACAGGAAAACGUCCUACAGAUUCAGCUGAUUUUGGCGACAAUAAUCUCGUGGGUUGGGUAAAACAACACGCCAAAUUGAAAAUAAGUGAUGUUUUUGAUCCGGAGCUCAUGAAAGAGGACGUGAGGCUUGAAAUUGAGCUUUUACAGCACUUGAAGGUAGCUUGUGCUUGUCUGGACGAUAGGCCAUGGCGGCGUCCAACAAUGAUCCAAGUGAUGGCAAUGUUCAAGGAAAUUCAAGCAGGGUCUGGGAUGGACUCCCAAUCAACCAUAGCCACCGAGGACGGAGGUUUUGGCGUAGUUGAAAUGGUAGAGAUGAGCAUAAAAGAAGUCGCCGAAAGCAAGCAGUAGGCCGGAAAAGGAAAAAAGCCGAUUUUUCAAGAGAAAUCCCAAUUUUGUUUCCCUCUUGUUUACAAGUUGAAAAUGCAUUGGAAUUGGAUGGAGCUGCUGGCUAUUCUCUGCCAUUUAAUGUAUGUAAUUGUAAUGUUGUUAUUUAUACAAGAGAGAGAGAGAGACACAUAAGGGUGGUGGUUAUUUUAACUUCCUUGUUAUAAUUGUGUACAUAAACAGCUUCAGUUGUUAAUUCGUUCGGUUGUCAUGCUGCUUUUGCUUAAA